CCAAAACAGAACCACGAGGCCCAUAUCCAUUAGUAAAAACCCUAGCAUACAUAACUUCAUUGUAGACUGGCUGCUAAGUCUGAGACAUUACGAUUCACAGGUGUGUGCUGUUCCAACACCCAAAAAGCGGCAAUGGGGAUCGAUCUUAAGGCUGGGGGUAAGAGCAAGAAGACCAAAAGAACAGCACCCAAGUCCAACGACAUAUACCUCAAACUACUUGUCAAGCUGUAUCGAUUCCUUGUUCGGAGGACUGGCAGCAGUUUCAAUGCUGUGAUACUCAAGCGCUUGUUCAUGAGUAAGGUGAACAAGCCUCCAAUUUCGUUGUCGAGGUUGAUUAAGUAUACAAAAGGGAAGGAAGAUAAAAUUGCUGUUUUAGUGGGGACAGUAACUGAUGAUAUCAGAGUAUAUGAAGUUCCACCAUUGAAAAUUACAGCACUCAGGUUUACAGAGAGAGCACGUGCAAGAAUAGAGAAGGCAGGUGGUGAAUGCUUGACAUUUGAUCAACUUGCCCUUAGGGCUCCUUUGGGACAGAAUACGGUCCUUUUAAGAGGCCCAAAGAAUGCUCGGGAAGCUGUGAAACACUUUGGUCCUGCUCCUGGUGUGCCACACAGCCAUACCAAACCCUAUGUUCGGUCUGAGGGAAGAAAGUUUGAGAAGGCAAGAGGCAGGAGGAACAGCAGAGGAUUUAGAGUUUAAGAAGAUAGCUUUCUAUUUUUUAAUACUGUUCUGAAAACUUUUUGUUAUACGCUCUGCUGACUGUUUUUCUCAUAUUUCUCUUAUAAGAAGAAUUCAGUUAUGGACAUCGUUCUUGGCCCCAUAUUUUGCAUUAACGUGUAUUUACCCAUUUGAUGAAUUGAAAACCUAGUCAUUUCUCGUGA